AUGACGGGGUUGGUUCCGAAUGUGUAUGCGGCUAUUAUCAUUCCUAUGCCCGCCGCCGCCGUGGCCCUUGUACUGAGGAUCAAGGCGCGGCGGAUGACUCGGAUGGGCCUGGGUUAUGACGAUGCGUUGUGCAUCGCCGCUUGGGUCUUUGCAGUUGCAUAUUCGGUUGAUCUUAUCGUAUGGGCCGCUUGCUUCAAACUCGGCCAGAAACUCGCACCCUACAGCGAUGAGAAGAUCGAUUACUACAUGGAAAAGUCUCGCAUGAUGCUAUGGGCCAGCGAAUACCUAUACGCCUGGUCAAUAGCCCUCACGAAACUCGCAGUUCUCUCCUUCUACCGGCGCCUCUUUCAGUUCUCGUCGAUACGCAUCCCCAUUAUCGUCUUGAUGGUGAUGUGCGGGAUAUGGCUCACCCUGCGCACGUUUCUCACAACCUUCCAUUGUCUACCGGUUCAGGCUUACUGGGAUAAAACGAUUACGAAUGCGCGGUGCAUUACUCACGUCGCGAGGUUCUAUCUCGGGACGGACCUGACUCAUUGCUUGAUGGAUUUCAUCAUUUUGGCUUUACCCAUAUGGGAAAUUAUCAGAAUGAGGCUGCCUUUUGGACAAAAGAUUGCCGUCCUCGGUCUCUUUGCCCUUGGAUCUCUCGUUGGUAUCGCUUCCAUCUUUCAGAUCAUUCAGUCACAAACCUACAACCCCAAAACCAGAGAGUUGCCGUAUGAGUUUUCUCUGGCAAUGGUUUGGGGGAGUGUGGAGGUUCACUUGGCCGUGUUUACCAGCUGUCUUGCCCUACUCAGACCCAUCUUCCGCAAGGUCAUCCCAGGCCUUUCCUCCGGAAACAGCUACGCGGCCAGCCGUCCCAGUGUUGCUUUUCAACCCCCGUCAGAAUUCGUACAGGCAGCUAGAAGUCCCAGGGACGAUCCCAUUGAUUCAGAGCGUGGGUUAACCCCUCAGGAGUACGACGCGCUCAGCUUACCAGGAUCGAAAGACAAUUCUAGUUCAGGGAGGGGGAUCUUUCAUUAUCGAGAGAAUCGAAUGUCCAGUCUACAAGGGUCACAAGGGAGUGAUUCUAGGCUUUCAGAAAGAAGCGUGCGAUGA